AUGGUUGAUCCCAGUACACGCAGGACCCUAAGGAUUUAUCCCCUUGAUACACUCACGAAAUGGGAGGUUUUGGAUUCAACUGUAAUUGUGAUUUGUGCAAAGACUUUGGUAUACUUUGAAGCAAAGCUAACAAGGCUAAAGUCAAACAGCUAUGCCUCCAAUGCUUUGCUUGACACUGUGACAGUAGCAACAGUCCAGGUAUUAGAACACCACCAUUCUCUUUUCACUAUUCGUGAGCAGCCUCCUUACUAUAUUGAAAACAAUGAAAUUUCUUCUUCUCAAUGCUUUAAUGUCUGUAUAUUUUUUAGUUUUGUUUCUUUGGUAGUGUUGCUGCUUCACAGUUGA